AUGACCUCGACGAUGGGACAAGUCUCGUUUGUGCAGCUUGUAGGCCUGGCAGACAAUGAGUGGAAUGCAGCGAACAAUUGGAGCGGUGCACAGUUUUCCGAUCUUUUGUUAGAAACAGAUAAAAACCUCUUCAUCAUCGAUCCCCGACGAGGGGAGACGAUUUUCGACCUUCAUCCAGACCUCAUUCCAGAAAUACAAAGGCGGCAAAAUGAAUUUGGAUCAGAUUCUGCAUGCGUAUCAUCAAAAUGCUCAUGGGAAUUCGAUGAUUUCAGAGACCAGGAAGGAAUUCGACGACGCGUAGCCUUGAUCAAGUUUACGCAUAGAACCUUCGAGCUUUUCAAAAGGGCGAUUCAUGGAAGACUCAAAUAUAAAAGGCACUUCACAAUCAAAAUGAACGAAGACUUUGCGAUCUCGUUUGUCCCUGAAGGCUCGAAGAUCGAAGCAGUCACGAAACGUCGGAGAAUAUCCGUGAUGGGUCAGCUGUUACAGCUCUUUAUAAGCUUAGAAUUGCUGCAAGAUUUUAUGAGAUAUCUUCCCACGACACUGGGACUUCGGGUUGUGGACCUAAAAGAACUCUGUAAGACACAUGGGCUUGACCAAAAAGGCAAGAAGGCUGAUCUCCAAGAAAGACUGACUGAAUUCCUGAAUGCGCAAGAAGCCGAUGAAGCUCCUGAGCAAGCACCUGUGGAAUCAGAAGCAGCCCCCGUUCUCGACCUCAAGUCAGAAGUCACCUCGAGCCAAGAAGCCGCGCGCGAGCAAGAGGAAGAGGUACCAGUUGCUGAAGAACCUACAGCUUCAUUGCCUGAUUUCAAAACGGAGAAGCCAUCUAGCCAAGAACUACCGGCUGAACCCGAGGCAGAGCCGGAAACAGCAGCUGUGGAAGAGCCUGUAGCUGAACCCGAGCAAACUGCUGCAUCACUGCCUGUUUUCAAGUCAGAGAAGCCAUCGAGCCAGGAGCCUCCCGCAGAAGAUGAGCCAGAAAAAGAACCAGAGCCUGAGAAAGAACAAGAAGCUCCACCAUCUAGUAUCCCCGUAUUUGACAUCAAGCCGGACAUUUCGCAGCUGCAGGCAGAUAAACAACCCACUCAAGAAGAACGAAGAAUGUCCGAAGAAGAUGUAGCAGAAGCCAUUUCUAAUAUGAAGUCAGAAGUUCUUCAUCAAGCCUCUAACAAAGGAAAAGACUCGAUGGAGCCAGAGACUCCUGUUGGCGGCGAAGGCGAAACUCCUGAUGAAGUGAUGGAGGUAGACAGUGAUAAAGCUCAAAUCGUCGAAGAAGAGCGCGCGGCGAAGAAAGAACGAAGAAAGAAAUCUAGAUGGACGCAAGAAGCUCCAGAGGUCAAAAUUGGAGUUCAACUGACUGCUCCAGCUCCUGAAAAGCCAAAAGUAGCUCUAAUCGAUGAAAACGGCAAGCGACUUACGAAAGCUCAACGUAAAAAGCUAAAGAAAAAGCGAAGAAAAGAGGAAAAGCGCAGUGAAAAUGACUCAGGUCAUGAGACUGGUAACGACUCUGGAAAUGACAAGAAUAAAGCGAAAAAGAAGACAGAUAAGGGCUUUGAAAUUGACUACAUUGCCGAGGAGCCGGAUUUGGAUCCAUCUAGCCUUCAGUUCAAAAGAGUCUUCGAGGCGUUUAGGGCAGCGGAGAUGGUGAUGCCUGAAGUGCAAAAGAAAUCAGGCUAUCAAACAGUCGACCCCGAGAACGAUAACAUGAUGGAAGACUCGGAUGAUGAUGACAAAAAGGGUGAUGAUAAGGAAAAACUCUCAAAGAAGAAGCUCAAGAAACAAUCAAGGCUGACUGUUGCCGAGUUGAAGCAGAUUGUCGAACGACCUGACCUUGUUGAAAUGCACGAUGUUACUUCCAUGGAUCCGAAGCUUCUUGUCCUCCUUAAAUCUGGCCGUAAUAGCGUCCCUGUCCCACGUCAUUGGUCUUACAAGCGAAAAUAUCUCUCCGGAAAGCGUGGUAUCGAAAAGCCCCCAUUCGAGCUCCCCGAGUUUAUCAAAAAGACUGGAAUCAUGGAAAUGAGAGAGGCGCUUCAACAAAAAGAAGCCGAACAAUCGAUGAAGACAAAAAUGCGACAGCGAGUUCGACCAAAGCUCGGAAAAAUCGACAUCGAUUACCAAAAGCUUCACGAUGCCUUCUUCAGGUAUCAGACUAAACCGAAGAUGACCCGCCAUGGAGAUAUCUACUACGAGGGAAAAGAGUAUGAGACGCGCUUGAGGGAGUUGAAACCCGGAGAGCUGACGGAUGAUUUACGAACUGCUUUAGGAAUGCCUCUAGGCAAUAACGCGCAUAAGGUUCCCCCACCAUGGCUUAUUGCCAUGCAGCGAUACGGACCUCCCCCUAGCUACCCCAAUCUUAAAAUCCCCGGUCUCAACGCACCCAUUCCUUCAGGCUGCUCAUUCGGCUACCACGCUGGCGGUUGGGGAAAACCACCAGUCGACGAGCGAGGAAGACCUUUGUAUGGUGAUGUCUUCGGCGUUGAUGUUGACGACACUCGAUACGAAGCUGAGAAGCCUUCUGAAGCUCUCUGGGGUGAGAUGGAGAGCGAUUCUGACGAGUCCGACUCAGACGAAGGCUCUGAGGAAGAAUCUGAAGAUGAGGGAGACCAGGAUGGAACUGGUGUUCCUACUCAAGCUAAUCCUGCUUCUCAGAUCGCUGACGGUCUCAUGACUCCCAGCGGAAUCACGUCAGAGGCUCCUCCUGCCGGAAGUGACACCCCGAUGGAACUGCGAAAGCCUCAAAAGGCUGUCGAUAUGUCCAACCCUCCUCCGCUUUAUCAAGUUCUCGAGGAGAAGAAGGCGGCUGUCGGCAAGGGCAUGAUGGGUACCGGUCAUGUCUACGAUCUCAAGGCCGCUAAAGGCAGAGAAGUCGCUAUCAACCCCGAAGAUCUUGACUUGGAUCCUGCGGCGCUCGCCUCCAAGUACCAGAGUCGCUCGGCGACCUCUGGAGGCGGUGGUGGAGGCACUGGCGGAGAAGAUAUGAGUGACAUGAUGGCGGAGCACUUGAACAAAACCGCCCGUGAUCGAAAGAGAAAACAAACCGGCAAGGACAACUCCGACCAGAAAUCCAAGAAGUAUAAAGACUUCAAAUUCUAG